GCAUAGAUUCGAGCAACGCUGUGUAAUUGCCUACAAAUCAAGCGCAUUCUCGGCCCUCUGAUCAGAAACAGUCCUAGCUGUCACUGCUGCUAGAUCAUCGAUAUAGCCUCUCCAGUCUCACACUCAUACACACUAGUAUAUAGAAAGCCAAGUGAUAUUUCCCAUCUGAAGUGCGGCCCAACAGAAAAGGGAAAAAGUGUGGGAUGAGGACUUGACAACGUACACGACCAACCAUGGUCCACCCUACUCGCGUCUCUCGUCUCGCACGGACAACUGCAAGGCUAGCUCCCAGGGUCCUUGCACCUACAGCGACAGUGCUGAAACCCAUCCGGGCCAAUUCUGUCCUUUCACCGGCCAAAGCACCCGCAGCACCGGCACUCGCUGCUUUUGCUCAAUACAACCUCCUCUCUUCGCGUCAUGCAUCAAGCAGUAGCAGUGAUGGAUCCAUUGAAAUCACAGUCAGAGAUGCCCUCAAUCAAGCCAUGGAGGAAGAAAUGCACAGGAAUGAAAAAGUAUUCAUCAUGGGAGAAGAAGUGGCUCAGUACAACGGUGCUUACAAAGUGACCCGUGGCCUGCUCGACAAAUUUGGAGAGAAGCGCGUGAUUGACUCGCCCAUCACAGAAUCCGGAUUUGCUGGUUUGUGUGUGGGUGCAGCAUUGGCUGGGCUCUAUCCAAUCUGUGAAUUUAUGACCUUCAAUUUUGCCAUGCAGGCCAUUGAUCAAGUCAUCAACUCGGGUGCCAAGACACACUACAUGUCUGGUGGUAUUCAACCGUGCCCUAUUGUCUUUCGUGGACCCAACGGAUUCGCAUCCGGUGUCGGCGCACAGCACUCGCAGGACUUCACAUCGUGGUAUGGUUCGAUUCCUGGUCUCAAGGUCGUCUCGCCCUACUCGGCAGAAGACGCCAAGGGUCUCCUCAAAUCCGCUAUUCGUGACCCAAACCCAGUCGUCGUUUUGGAGAAUGAGCUCAUGUAUGGACAAACUUUCAAACUCUCCGCUGAAGCACAAAAGGAUGAUUUCCUCAUUCCAAUUGGCAAGGCCAAGAUUGAACGUGAAGGCAAACAUGUGACACUUGUGUCUGUGUCUCGCCCAAUCGCUCAAUGUCUCGAGGCAGCUGAAUUACUGGCCAAGGAAGGCAUUGAGUGUGAAGUCAUCAACCUCCGCAGUGUCAAACCACUUGAUGAAGAAGCCAUCCUGAAAUCCGUUCGCAAAACAAACCGUGUCGUGGCUGUUGAUUCGUGCUAUCCGGCAUUCGGCUUGUCUGCUGAAAUCUCAGCAUUGGUGACGGAGAAGGCAUUUGAUUACUUGGAUGCACCUGUUGCUCGCGUGACAGGCGCAGAUGUACCCACACCUUAUGCAGAGGGACUCGAAGCCCUCUCCUUCAGUACGGCAGAAAUCAUCGCUGCAGAGGCAAAGCGUAUCCUUUACAGGUAGAUGUUUUAUAUAUGUCGUACGUCAAGCACGUCCUAGACUCCUGACACAUUCAGCAACGACUCUGUAGAUGAGAGUAUACUCAUUGCCUCGAGCACCGGUACUCUUACCAUGCAUGACGAUACGUGCAAGACCUAGUGUCCAGAGCGCCAUCACCGUCCAGCUCAAUACGCGCGCCGGUCGUAUUUGAAUCCGCAAACCCGCCCAGUGUCGUCGCAAUUGCAAGAACUGCGCCAAUCCAGCCGUCAUGUGCCAUGCGCCCAACGCGACAAACCCAGCAUACGCAACACGCGCAGCAGCAACACCUAUCCGUGUUUGGAGCAGUGGUUCAGGACCUUCUGGCUGUGCAAGAAUAUGACCGACCAACGAU